CGUCCAGCGCACAGACCGCUGAGCUCUGUGAAGCCCCAGCUCUGCAAAAGCCACCAAACGUCAUCUGCACUCCGAAGAACAGAGACAGCCACAGACCCAGUGCUCACACAAUACAAACAAACACGCACACACACACACACACACACACACACUCAGACCUACCAGUUCACACAUACGCAGACAAACACACAUUAACUCAGACCGACUGAGUUAAUGUGACCCUCACACACACACACACACACACACACACACACACACACAAACGCACAAACUCAGACCUGCUCCUUCACACACAAGCCCAGGUAUCUCACACACACAUACACACACACACACACAUUGUUGAAGUGAAGGAAGCAGUUGUGGGCCAUAAAGAAGCUCUGUCAUUUCUGCUAAGCUGAUUUUGCACCAUGUCCUCUUCCCUGUUUGCAACUCUUUUGGUGCUGCAGGUGUUUAAUGUCUGCGGAUAUUCACUGCAGGUGAAUGGAGUCGUUGGAAAGUCUGUUUUGCUUCCCACGAAGGAGGAGCGACUACUCAAAGGAAUUGGUGACAUGAAUUGGAAAAAGAAUAGUGAUGAUAUCAUCACAUUAGUGAGAAAAUCAGAAAACUCACCAUUUGAAAUCCAGCAUAUGGACUCAAACUUCACAGGGCGAUUGAUCGUGAAUAAUGACACUGGGGCUCUAAACAUCAGCAAUCUGAGAGAAGAGGAUUCUGGGGAAUAUGUCUUUGGCGGUUUAAUAUCAUCCAGGUCCCUGAAGCCAGUGACAUAUAAACUGCAAGUUUAUGAGAGGAUUGUCUCAGUGCAGGUAACCACCCAGGUCAAUAACAGCACAGACAGCUGUAAUGUGACCCUGAGUUGCAGUGUGUUUGGGAGCCACCAGGUGGCACUGUUCUGGUCCACAAAUGGAGGCAACAUUCCCGGAACAGAGAACAAAACUACCCUGACUGUGUCCCCCACCCUGGCAGAAGAGAUCUACACCUGUACAGCCAAGAACCCCGUCAGCUCCCAAAACAGCAGUGUGACAGUCAAGUCCUGCCAACCUCGCGCACCAUCUCCUGGCUUCUCACCGUGUGCACUAAAGUCAGUGCUGUUCUCCACGGGUCUGGUUGCCAUGGUUUCGGCUGUCAUCGCAGUUAAUGUCAGAGAGAGGUGCUGCAGAGAAAUGAGGAUUGAGGAGGGAGGGUAAAUCUGAUAUUUGGUAUCUGUGUGUGUGUUAGAUUAGAUUACAUUACAUUAGAUUUGUAUUAAAAUUGAGUAAAUGAGAACUCUCACCCUGCCGCAUUAUCUGGUUUGUAAAACUGCAAGCUAAAAUUUGUGAAAAAAUAUAAAAUACAGUAAGUAGUCUUUGCAAUGCCGUACAGUCCAUCUUUUAACCCACCGCUUGGAGGGAAAUGCCGACGCAGAUUCUGAUUAUUGGUUUGUGCAAGCUUUGCAGUGAUUGCCACUUCGUACCGUCUGGCACCUCCCCCUCGCCACACCUGCACUUCACGCUCAGGACUGCUGUCUGUCCUGGUGCCACGGUGGUGGAAUGACCUCCCGGUGGAUGUCAGAACGGCAGAGUCUCUGACCUCCUUCAAGUGCAGACUGAAGACCCAUCUCUUCAGGCUACACCUUUCCCUCCCCAACUCACAAUCACCGUGAUUAGCCUUAGACCGUAAUGGCACUUAUGUAUAGAUAUCGUUACUUGUAUAGGUAUUGUUGUUGUAUUGUUGUAUUCUAGCUGCCAACUGUGGUAUGCUAGUUUGAAAGUUGAUUGUAUUCUUCAAGGGUUCUGAAUUUCUGUAUGUUUACACUAGGACUCGGAACUGUACUGUCCUCUCAGGUCCACUUUUGCACUUGUUCUUGUGUUUGAUUUGCACUUUGUUGUACGUCGCUCUGGAUAAGAGCGUCUGCUAAAUGCCACGUAACGUAAUGUAAUGUAAUUGUAGUAAUUGUUAGCCAUUAUUUGAUCUUAACAGUUGUGUUAAAUGUUUUUUAAAAUUUUUUGCUAUUACAGUAUUUUUUCAUGUCUGUGAGCUUUUAUGAACUCUCAAAUGAAUCCAAACAAAUCGAAAUCAAAUUAAAUAUGAAAUGUAAAUCAUUUGUUGCUCCAAUCAGAGCCUAGCUUGUGCUAUACGUUCUCACAGAUCCAG